CCCUCGCAUAUGCUGCCUUCCUGGCCCCCCAUCCAUGCCCCCACUUCCCCAUCCAGGGCUCCGUUUGUCCCCCUUCAUUUGAGCAAGUCUUUUGUGAAAAUGGAUUGUUGUAUGUUUGCUCAAAUCACUUUUUGCAGCCUCCCCCGCCCCAGCCAGUGAGCCAGUCAGCUGCCCUGCUGAAAAGCGAUCAUAACAAGCAUGCAAAUAUCCCUUUUCAUGGGAAUAGACUGAGCAGCUAGCAAGCCUUCAGAAAGAAAGCCACCCACCAACGAAACAAAAGCGUGAUGGACUCCGUGAUGAAGCUGCAGAGGGUGCAGUUGAAAUGCAAGAACCUGCACGAGUUCCUGCGGGGGCUGAGCCCGGGGAUCCUGGAUCGACUCUACAACCAUCCCGCCACCUGCCUGGCUGUGUUCCGCGAGCUGCCGGGAUUGGCUAAGAACUACGUGAUGCGGAUGCUCUUCCUGGAGCAGCCCCUCCCCCAGGCGGCUGUGGCCUUGUGGGUAAAGAAGGAACAUGGAGCAGGACGCGGGUGGCAGGAGGAGAGCUGGGAGCUCUUGCUGGGGCUGCGGCUCUGGCACACCCAGCUGCUCCCGGGGGGCCUGCAGGGGCUGGUGCUGAACCCCAUCUUCAAGGAGAACCUGCGCGUCGCCUUGCUGGGCGGGUGAGAGGCCGGGGCCGGAGGUGAUCCUGCAUUUCAUGGUGGGCUCCCCCAGCGCCGCUGUCAGCCAGGAUCUAGCCCAGCUCCCACCUGUCCGUGUGUCCGUCUCCCGCUGGCCCAGGUGAUCCUGCAUUUCAUGGUGGGCUCCCCCAGCGCCGCUGUCAGCCAGGAUCUAGCCCAGCUCCUCAUCCAAGCCGGGCUGAUGAAGAGCAGUGAACCCGGAGAGCCCCCCUGCAUCACCUCCGGGGACACGUCCUCCCAGCUCUGGUACUUCAUGCUGCAGUAUCUGCAGUCCGCCGAGACCCGAGGCAUGGACCUAGUAGAGAUCCUGUCCUUCCUCUUCCAGCUCAGCUUCUCCUCCCUGGGCAAGGAUUACUCGGUGGAGGGAAUGAGCGACUCGCUGCUCAAUUUUCUUCAACACCUUCGGGAGUUUGGUCUGGUCUUCCAGAGAAAGGUAUGUGGAGGGGGAGGGAGACAGAUUAUUCACUUCCUACGGACCCGAGCGCACCCUGUGAUGCUGAGACAGACCCCGGUGCUGCCUCCAACCAUCACGGAUCAGAUCCGGCUCUGGGAGAUGGAGCGCGACCGGCUGCGCUUCUCCGAGGGCGUGCUGUACAACCAGUUCCUGUCCCAGGUGGACUUCGAGCUGUUGCGGAACCACGCCCGGGACCUGGGCGUGCUGGUCUUCGAAAACCCGGCCAAGCGCCUCAUGGUGGUGACCCCUGCCGGGCACUCUGACGUCAAGCGUUUUUGGAAGAGGCAGAAGCAGAGCUCCUGAAGGGGACCCCCCCCUCUGAUGCGGGGGGAGGGGGAGACGCCCCUGCUGUGCUGCGUGCCCGGCCGUUACGCAGCAAAGUUCAGUGGAUCUGCGGCAGGAGUUAAAUCGCAGCAACUCACCCUGCCUGUCAUCCCCCAAAUUGGGCACCUCAUUGGCAGAUCUCUGUGCCCCUGCCUUGCCAGCAGCCAAGAGGUUACACGAUGGAGCUCCCCCUUUUCUUACCCUUGCGGGGGGGGGGCACUGAAUGGUCACCUUUGAACCCAUGGCUGUGGGGUGGGAUGCACCUUCCAAGGUGCGACUGAGGCCUGCAAGUUGUACCCUUUGGGGGGGGGGGGGCCGGUAUCCUCAAAUGGUCCAGGACUGGGUUACAUGCCCCAUAACCCUUCAGCUCAUGCCACUGGGGGGAGGAGGGGAGGCGGCUUUCCAGCUGCCAGAGGAAGAGUCCCUGGGGAUCUUUCUCCUCUCUGGGGGGGCGCCAGCUCCUAUCUUGCCUUAGGACGGGACUGAGACAGGCUGGCCCUGCUUUGUCACAAUGAGCGUCAACCAGCAACCCCACUGGCGUGAAUGCAGCAGUUUCCCUCUCAUCUGGUGCAAAUCAGGAGUAGCCAAACUGAAGUCACUCCCCGCACGGAAUUGGAGUGACCCUGUUCACACGGGCCGAAUGGGUCCCGGUCCAGCCCUGGCUCUUGUCGCCGUCGAUGGGCUGAUCUGGAUUGACACCACGCUCAGCAUCUGGCGCUGGCUCUACAGGUGUCUCCAUGGCUGUACAGCCGGGAGUGGACAGGAGAAUCCAGCCCACUACUUGUAAAUAGGUUUUUCUAGCUGUGAAGACGAAUAAAGCUCCCCUGUGAAA